CAAACUUCCUCGUUAGUCGCAAGUUGGUUCAGAAAGAUGACGGCUCUAAAAUUAUUAAUAUUGUUUCCUUUAAUUACUAUUAAAAUUGACGCAAGUGUUGUUAUAAAUCGAUACGAUGACGAAUGUGUUCUGGAUCCAGCUUUAGUGGCAGAAAUAUCAUCUUAUGAGAAUGUUACGAAACAUAUUAUGGACCAAAUUAGGAAUAAUUAUGGAAAAACAAUGUACCAAGAAUACACACACUUCAUAGACAAGUUUGGUGCCCGUCCAUCAGGAUCGUGGAUUUUAGAAAAUUCAAUAAAUCACAUGAUUAAUCUAACCAGACAACAUGGUCUGAAUGACGUCACAACUGAAGAAUUGGAGGUUCCCCACUGGGUACGUAUAUUUGAAUACGGCUUAAUGCUACAACCUCGUGCCAAAAAAAUAGUUAUACUUGGAUUUGGUUCCAGCGUCAGUACACCUCGAGGAGGUAUCCUCGCUGAAGCAAUAGUUGUUAAAAGUUUCGCAGAACUCGAAGCACUGGACAGAACAAAAGUUCAAGGAAAAAUAGUAGUAUUUAAUGAACCCUAUGUUUCUUAUGGAGAAACUGUUAUCUAUAGAACCCUAGGGGCAUCGAAGGCUGCCAGGAAAGGUGCUGUAGCAACCCUUGUGAGAAGCAUAACACCAUUUUCAAUUUAUGCACCUCACACAGGAGCGCAAUACUACGAAAAUAACGUUACAAAAAUACCAACAGCGGCCAUUACUCUAGAAGACGCAGAUUUAUUACAAAGACUACAGAACGAAGGAGAGAAGAUUGUACUUCAAAUUCAAAUGUAUUAUACAGAAGAUACAAAGAAAUCACGUAACACAUUAGUUGACCUUAAAGGCAGAGUAAAUCCUGAGAAGCUAGUCAUUGUAUCUGGACAUAUAGAUAGUUGGGACGUAGGAGAAGGUGCAAUGGAUGACGGUGGAGGCAUGAUGAUUAGUUGGUUUGUUCCAGUUGUACUAAAUACUCUCAAUCUGAAACCUAGAAGAACAGUCAGAGCAAUUUUGUGGACAGCCGAAGAACCAGGAUUGAUAGGAGCCCAAGCGUAUUUAAAGCAGCAUAAAAACGAACUAGACAAAAUUAAUUUUAUUAUGGAAUCUGAUGAAGGAACGUUUCAACCUUUGGGGUUGGAUGUUGCUGGUUCUAAGAAAACACGUUGUAUUGUACAGGAAGUUUUGAAGCAAUUUGCACCAAUAAAUAAAAUGGAAAACAGUGGGGCUCCUGGUUCUGAUAUUGUGUUAUUUAUAAAACAAAACGUGCCUGGAGCGUCAUUGCUUAAUAGGAAUGAGCGGUAUUAUUGGUUCCACCAUAGUGAAGGUGAUACUAUGGUUGUACAAAAUAUGACAAAUGUAGUCGAAUGUGCCGCUUUUUGGGCAGCAUUCUCAUAUGUUAUAGCUGAUCUCUCGGUGGAUUUACCACGACAUUAAUUGUUCUUACUUCAUCAAGUCUAAUUUUUAAAUAAUCUUUAAAGGAUU